AUGAGUGAACGAGUGCUAAGGUUUGACAAAAUAUUUUACAAUUUCGUACUAUCCGUUAUCCAAGUCCCAUGAAUCUUACCUGUGAAAUGAAUUACUCAUCCUUUAUGUAAAGUAAAUUGUUGCAUCAGCAAGCGGAGCAAAACAGCACUUUAAUUUCUUUCAAGUUGUAAAAAACCAGCAAAAUACGAGAAAAUAUUCUGUUUUUAACUAAAAAAACUGCCAAAACCAGGGGGGUGAAAACGUCGUCUGAAGCUCAGGAUCGCGGUUGGUCAGUGGUAAUUGCGUGGGAAUUACGGACCAGUUGUCAUGGAAAUGGUGUGAGCAAACGUCAAAAUCCGCCAUGUUUUUGGCUUCACUUCGUUGACUGAACGAAGUAUAGGAACAGGUCCUCCAGUUAUUAUAUAGCUCAGUGGCAAAACCUGAAAUCGUCCCGAUUAAUCGUUGUGUGCAAACGUAGCUUUAGACCACUCCUCUACCACCCUACCCACCCAUUACCCAAAGACACAUUUUAUUUCAGCACGCAGAAUCUGCGUGCCACGUGACCAGCCCCAGCCAAAAGCUGGGCAUUCUGUUGUCGCUGUUUAAAUAUUGCGGGCGCAUUUCUUAAAAAACAUUUUGAUUCUUCGAACGCUGAAAAUAUGCAUUGUGAGAGGAUUUUUUGUCCUCUUUUACUGGUUUGUUCAUGGAAAAUAAAGUGUUUCUUGAAAGAUUAAGUUGUAGUGCUUGUACGCAACGAUAUAACGACUUAAUCGCAUGAAAACGUGCGAAGAAUUUUUAUUUACAAAUGGGCGACAAGUGGAAAUGUUUCACUCAUUGUCAGAGUUUCAGAAGCAGGGUACAGCAGUAUGGAAACACGGAAGUGUUCAUAUUUUACUCUUGACAGAAGCUGAGUUGUUGUUGUUUCCACAGGUAUGUUCAAUAAUUUGUUUGUCCUUCCUCAUCUGGAAUAAUAAGUGUCUUAAAAUACAUAUUUUGAUGAAAAUGACACAUAUUCCUCUUGCACUUUCGUAAAAACUGGCCGUUGCCUUUAGUUAGAAAAUAUAUUUUAUGAAAGUUAAAUCAUACUUUGUUUUAUUAAAAAACCUGAGCUAUUCAUGGGAAAAAUGUGUUAGAUGUUGUAAUUGACAAAUCCACUUGUGAAGUGAAAAUGUCAUGUUGUCACAUGCUUAUGACAUUGCUCCUGUAUUGGUUUGUUAUAAAGUAAAAAUUGCUGCAAAAAUGCUUUUGAAAAUGUUCAAGUAUUGGUUGUUAUGAGAUAGGAAAUGCCGUAUUGAUUUGUUCAGUUUUAAGAUUAAGAGUCUAACGGCAAUCCUGAAUAUAGGCAUGCUUGCUUUGUGAAAUUCUGUGGUGAUAUGGCAUAUAAAUAAAAAUACCUUAAAAUUUUGCCCAUUGCCUCUCUCCGAAAAAUGGCUUAAAACUAUCCUUAUUAGUCAACCUUCAUGCAAAAGUUAGUGGGUAUGCUGGGAAAAAUGCGCGCGGCACUUUUUUUUGAACACUGAAGAUGGUAACAUUUGAUGUUGUCAUAUAUUGCCAUCCUCUUAUCAUAGCAUAACUUAACUUAUUUUAGUGAGUUUGUUAAAGAAUUGUGCUCACUAUAUGCCUGUAGUAUCUAAGAUUUUUCAUAGCAUUAUAUGACAAAUUUAAGUUCUGUUUUCUUUUAUUUUUAGGUGAUAGUAUCUGUUCACUUGAGUGCUGGUAUCAAAUUUUGGACAAGUUUCAAUUCUUAUUUCACAUUCCUUUAUUCAAAUAUCCAAAUAAAUGGAAUAUGACAUCAAACUGGAGGACUAGAUUCUGUUUCCAAACUUGUUUUUGUAAAAAUAGAAAAUAACAACUUAUUAUGUGUUGUUCUAAUAAGAACUAUUGUUUUUGAUAUGCAUAUUUAAUUUUUAAAAUUACAGUCAUUCUUUGUUAAAAUGUGUACCAGGAAUACUGAAAUCUUUCAGAUCAGCUACCAAUUCCCUUUAUAACUUAUGUAGCCAAGUAUUCUAUCUAUUUCUGUUCAGAUUAAACAAAUGAUGGGUAAAAUGUUAGUUUAGAUUCUUUCAAAAAAAUGAGCUUGCCUAUUUUGAAAGCAUAAAAAGCAAUAAAAUAAAGCAAAAGUACUUAUUUUUAAUUUAAAACCUUUGGACUGCAUAGCUUAAUGUUUUCCACUAAAUAUUACAAAGUUUUUAUUCAUUGAAAUGUUGUUUUAUCAGCUUUAAAACCAGAUAAAUCCACGAAGCACUCCCAUAAAUAUGUCGCCAUAUUGAUUUUUUCGCGCAUGCUCCGUACAAAAUGCCCAGCUGUUAUUCACCCUUUAAACACUUGAUCGUCAUGCGCAUACAGUGUAUUGUUUGUUUCCAGAACCCCCUCAAGCAGACAUCCCAACUUUUUUUGUUAAAUUGUAUAUUUUGCUUCGUACACUGCAUGUGUGUGUGUUUGUGAGAACACUCAUGUUUGGAUGCUUGGCAUAGGUUAAUGGUAAUUUCAUUGGAGUCAUCAGGGAUAUAGUUGUAUAUUCCUGAAAUUACCUCUAAACACCUAAAACAGCAUUCCCUAAAAUUUUAAUUGUUUUCUUACAUUGCCCUAUAUCGCUCAAACUCGCAUUGCUUAAAUUGCAGAUUUUGCUUAAAUCACCUAAAAUUGCUUAAUUAAACUCGCAUUAUCUCGUUAUCGCCCCAGAGUAGGGCCUACUGUUGGCGUUGCUUUUUAGUCCCCAACACUUCAGUGAGUCAUGCUUUGGAAAUGACAAUAAUUUUUUAUUACCCAACCCUUGAGUUGUUUUGUUUUUCAUUUACCCAACCUUUUACUUACUCAAAAUCUAGUUUACCCAACCCUUUUCUCUUUGGUGCCACCCCCCACCAUAAAUAAUGACCGGUCCCUAAAGAAGCGCUGGCUACAGUGUGGGGAGUCAAGAAAUUCCACAAUUACCUUUUCGGUAGGAACUUUACCUUACUGACUGAUCAUGAGCCUCUGACUUCAAUUUUUCAUCCCAGCAAAAGUCUUCCUGCUGUCACUGCUGCUAGAUUACAACGCUACGCUUUGUUCGUGGCGGGUUUUGACUAUACAAUUAGAUACAAGAACACUAAGUUACACGGGAAUGCGGAUGGUUUGUCUCGAUUACCCUUGCAUAGUGAGACAACAGAAGAAGAGCCAGAUCAAGUGGGCUUCUUCUCUGCCACGCAGUUUGAGUCCUUGCCAGUCACAGCAGAACAGGUGAAACGAGAAACACAGAGAGGUCCUCUAUUGGUGAAGGUCCAUGAGUUGGUUAUCAAAGGAUGGUCCACUCCACAAUAUCCCGCAUUCGACGACUGGAAUAUCCCGCAUUCGAUCGAGAAUCACCGUCCGUGUUGUCUUUGGGCAGACCUCUACGGACUCGCCUCGAUUUGGUGAAACCUGAUUUACAAAUGAAAGUGAUGAACAGGCAAAUCGACCAAGCAGGGAGGAAAGGACAUUCCCCCACACGUCAGUUAUCCAUUGGUCAGACUGUCAUGGCAGGCAUAGUUCGAGCUCAAACGGGACCCCUUUCAUACGAGAUAAAAGUUGGUCCAAAUCGAAUUUUGGGCCCGCAGUUAUUGGCGUUAUGCUGUUGUGGGAACCCUGCCAGAAUUUGUAAUUUAUGUAACGGCAAAGUUAUUAAAUUAAAUUAAAUUAAAUUAAAUUAAAUAUGGCUACGUCACAUCGACCAGCUUCGAGCCUCUAGUGUGAAAGUAAAUUACCAGAGUGAUGAUACAGCUGAACCUCAUCCAGGGCUCGGAGAGACUGGCCAGAAUAUUGCAGCAGAAAUAUUGCAGCAGAAGAAAUUGUCGCAGAGCCGGAUAUCGAACUAGCCACGAAUCCAUCAGUAGUGCAACAAGAAGAAGCCGGUAGGGCUACAACAGGAUCUGAACAACGUUACCCAACUAGAUCACACCAACAACCCGAGAGGUGGGGUCUUAACUGUUUGAUCCGAAAACUGUUUUUAUGGUUAGCAUAAUUGUUUGUAUAUCCGAUACAACACGGACGCGAAUGUUGUAAAUGGCUUAAAAAACGACUCAUCUUAUGAGUUCAUUUGCGAAGUAAUUUUAAAAAUAAACGUUGUCUAAGCCGGGAAAAUCAAAGUUAAAGUUUAUGUAAAUCAACAUGAAUCUGUAUCACAUAUACAGACUCCUUCACGCCCAUGAUUUCUUUUGUGUUUUAUGCAUGAUUUCUUUUGUGUUUUAUGCAUUAUGCCAUUGGAAUAUACAACAUCUCACGGACAGUAAAUUUGAAGAGAUUCGCAACUUAUUGACAUGCCCCAGCAAGGAGCUUUUUGGUCUGGACAUUCUCAUUUUAUCGGAGACCUUCUGUACCGAAAAAAUACCAGAAACAUUUUACAGCAUUCCCGGCUACAAAGUCUAUCGAAAGGACAGAACUGGAAAGUCAGGCGGUGGAUUAUGUGUAUAUGUUAAAAACUCAGUUCAAGCUGAGCGACGAAUUGAUCUCGAAACAAAAGAUGUGGAAAUAAUAUGGCUCGAAACCUGUCCCUACAAAUCGAAACGGCCUCUAUUCAUCGGGGGAAUCUACAGACCACCCUCAUCAAACGCUGCUAGUGAUAAGAGUAUCGGGAAAAACAUCGAAAAUGUCUCUCUUUUAGGUCGCGAGGUGGUACUUUUGGGUGACAUAAACAUUGAUUAUUUAUGCACAACGAAAUUUGCAAAUCAUACAUUCACGAAAGUAUUAAAGUCAUUCAACCUUUCGCAGCUUAUGAAUGUGAUUACACGCCCCAUAUCACGCACCUGUCUCGAUCACAUCUGGUGCACCCAUGCUGAACGGCUAAACAAUGUCAAAGUUUUAAAUAUUGGAAUAUCAGAUCAUUUGCCUAUUAUGACAACCAGGAUAUACAAACGUGCGUGUCACAACAAGGGUAAGCAUUCCACAAUAAACUAUCGCGACGUAAAGCAUUUAAACAAGGACAAAUUCAUUACCGCCCUUAAAAAUGCACCGUGGGAUAGUGCUUUUGUAUUUGAUGACGCAAAUGACACUGUCUAUGCAUGGUAUGAAAUAUUUAAUGAUGUCGUAAAUGAAUAUCUUCCCUUAAAACAAAAGCGGGUAAAGCGAAAUACACAGCCUAAAUGGUUCAAUAAUAUAAUUGGGGAGGACAUAAAGGCACGCGAUAAACUGUAUUACAAAGCAAGGAAAUAUCAAACUGACGAAGAUUGGGCAAACUACCGCAUUGCAAAGAACAAAGUGACAAAAACAAUAAGAAAUGCGAAGAAAAAUUACUUUAGUGAUAAAUUUCAAGAAAAUAAACAAAACCCCAGUAAACUUUGGAACUUGAUUAAAAAUCUAACAAAUGAUGAUGCUGGAAAAAAUGAAAGUGUCAAAUUUUUGACCGAAAAUAGUACGAUUUUAAAAGAUAAAGUGACCAUUGCUGAAACAUUUAAUCGCUUCUUUGUCGACCCGCAAAAUAACCUCGCGUCCACCUCAGCGCCCGUAGAAAUAGAACAAACAUCAAAUCUAGAUCCUAUUCCCCAUGUCGAUACUACAUUCAGCAUUCCCCCCAUGUCAAAAUUAAGAGUGAUUGAGUUACUUCUAUCCAUCCCCGUUCAUAAAUCCACAGGAGACGAUGGCAUUAGCGCCAAAAUAAUGAGAAUAGCAGCACCAGCUAUAGCCGAACCAUUAAGCCAGCUGAUGAAUCGUUGCAUAAACACUCAAACGUUCCCCUCAAAAUGGAAGGUUGCUAAGGUCACCCCAAUAUAUAAAGGGAAGGGAAACCGAGAUGAAAAGUCUAACUACAGGCCUAUAUCAGUGCUUCCCAUUUUAUCUAAGCUACUGGAAAGGCACAUAUGUGAACAUAUGUAUGGGUUUCUGCAACAACGAAACUUAUUUUAUCGACUUCAAUCCGGGUUUCGUAAACACCAUUCGACUGAAACUGCACUCAUCAGACUCAUUGACCAAUUGCUACUUGAUCUGGAUAAAAACAAGGUAACUGGACUAAUUUUUGUAGACUAUAAGAAAGCCUUCGAUCUGAUAGACCAUCAACUGCUCCUUAACAAGUUACAUAAUUAUGGCAUUCAGGGGGAUGAGCUAAACCUCUUAAAAGACUAUCUUAGAAACCGUUGGCAGUAUGUAAAUAUUGAUGGUUUCCGUUCUCCGAAAAUAGAGGUGAAAUGCGGUGUGCCACAAGGAAGUAUUUUGGGUCCAAUCUUCUUCCUUUUGUUUAUCAACGAUCUUCCGUCAGAGGUAUUCCACUCCGAGGUCGACAUAUAUGCGGAUGAUACUACCCUUAGUCACUCCGCAGAAGUGGAUUUGGCACCUACAGCCAUAGAAACAGCACUACAGCUUGAUUUGGACGGCAUUGUAAGGUGGUCAAAAACAAACAAAAUGAUCAUAAAUGCCAAAAAGACAAAAUCUAUGCUUGUUACCGGGAAGAGAUUGGCCAAAAAGUUGCCGACAAAGAUAUUGUCGUUACAGUCUGAAAACGAGGAUAUUGAACAAGUUCAUUUCCAGAAACUUUUAGGAGUCACUAUCGAUCAAGAACUGACUUUUGAUAAACACGUGGAAGAACUUUCUAAGAAAUUGGGACAACGACUGGGCGUUCUUCGGAAAAUUAAACGGUUUCUUCCUUUAGACCAACGUAAACUGUACUACAACACCAUGUUUAAGCAAGUCAUGAUGUAUGGUGCUACAGUUUGGGCUAACUGCUCCGUGGAAAACUUGAAAACAAUUCUUCGAUUGCAAAAACGUGCUGCCCGCAUCAUUUUGGAUGUCGGUACAAGAACAAACAGCGUAUCAUUGUUUAAGCAGCUAAAUUGGCUUGCUUUUCACGACGAAGUGAGGUUGAACAAAUGUGUCUUAGCUUACAAACGGUUUCAUGGAAAUUGCCCAUCAUAUAUUAAUGAUAUUCUAACCUCAAAUGCAGACAUACAAACCCGUUCGUCAGGCCGUUACAGUCAAAGAAACUUGGUAUGUCCACGCUAUAGCCGAGUCAUGGAAGGGGGAAAGUCUUUCCAGGUCUCCACGUGUAAACUUUGGAACUCUAUACCUCCUCAUAUAAAAACUUCCGAAAAAUCUGUAGAAACUUUUAAGAAUGAACUUUUUAACUAUUUUUUUCAUAGGUAUAAUGAUAUUGAUUCUUUCACAAUAUCUUGA